UUCAUUCAUUAUAAGAUGGAGAAAGUUAGUACUACUCUUGUAUCAUUCCUCCUCUUUCUCCUUGAUUUGGUUCUUGAAAUAAUUCUAAUCAAGAAGAAAAGAAAAGUAGUAGAGCCAACUAAUGAUCAUGUUAAAAGAACAUCACUUGAUCUACCACCAGGUUCAAUGGGUUUACCUUACAUAGGUGAAACUCUUCAACUCUACACUCGAGAUCCAAAUAUCUUCUUCGCUUCUAAACAACAAAAGUAUGGAGAGAUAUUCAAAACCCGUAUCCUAGGAUGUCCUUGCGUUAUGUUAGCCAGCCCCGAGUCGUCUCGUUUUGUUUUGGUUACUCAAGCUCACCUCUUUAAACCUACUUAUCCUAAAAGUAAGAUGAAUUUGAUUGGACCUUCCGCAUUAUUCUUUCACCAAGGUGAAUAUCAUCUUCGCCUUCGAAAGCUCAUUCAAUAUUCAUUGUCACCUGACACCGUUAGGAAUUCGGUUACAAGAAUCGCUUCCUUGACCAACUCCGUCUUGGAUUCUUGGACCGGCCUUAGUGUUGUAGACACUUUUCAAGAAAUGAAAAAGCUAUCAUUUGAAGUGGGCAUACUUACUAUUUUUGGAGAUUUGGCGGAUCGAUAUAGGAAUGAACUCAAGAAGAAUUAUAGCAUAUUAAACAAAGGCUACAAUUCAUUUCCUACUAACCUACCAGGGACACCAUACCGAAAGGCGCUAUCGGCAAGGAAAAGACUAAACAAGAUACUAAUUGAGAUAAUUGAGGAGAGAAAAGAAAACAAAUCAUGUUCAAAUGGGAAAAACCUAUUAGGUUUCCUACUUGAUUCCAAAUAUGAUUUAAAGGAAGAUCAAAUUGCUGAUAACAUCAUAGGAGUACUCUUUGCAGCUCAAGACACAACUGCAACUCUCAUGACAUGGAUUGUUAAAUACCUCCAUGAUCAUCCCAAGCUUCUAAAGGCUGUUACCGAUGAACAAGUGGCAAUCUUGAAAUCGAAUAAUGGCUGCGAAAAUGAUGGAUUAACAUGGGCUCAAACAAGAAACAUGGAUAUAAGCAACAAGGUUGUAUUGGAGAGUUUAAGGAUGGCAAGCAUCAUAUCAUUUACAUUUAGGGAGGCUGUGGCUGAUGUAGAAUACAAGGGAUACCUUAUUCCUAAAGGGUGGAAAGUGAUGCCUUUAUUUAGGAAUAUUCAUCACAAUCCCGAUUUUUUCACCAACCCUAAAAGCUUUGAUCACUCGAGAUUUGAGAACGCUCCUAAACCUUACACGUUCAUGCCAUUUGGCGCUGGCGUGCAUGCGUGUCCUGGAAACGAGCUAGCGAAGGUCGAGAUGUUGAUCAUGAUUCACCACCUAGUAACCAAAUUUAGGUGGGAAGUAGUGGGAACUCAAAGUGGGGUUCAAUAUAGCCCAUUUCCAAUCCCUCUUCAAGGCCUUCCAGCCAGAUUUUGGAAGAGAGAAUCUUCAGCAACUUAAUUAAGCCUAUGCCCAAGUUUAAUUAAUCUAAGCCAUUUUAUAAUAAAUAUAAUGGCUAUAAUUAAUUUAUCAUAUCUUUCUUUAUUUCCCUUAUUAUUCUAAAGUUAACUAUGUAUGUCUUCAAUUUUUCUA